GCCUCUAUUGUUUCUCCAGGCGAACGCAAGUGAGCUGCUUUUUCUUUCGUUUCUCGGGAACUCGCGAGUUUCUCCGGUUGCUGGUCGCCUCUGUUGUGUUGUUAUUUUUCCCAUCGCAGAGACAGCUGAGGCCUCAACCACUUGCAGUCAACGGUCGGCCGAUUGUGGCUCUGGAGACAUUGGCGUCGAUGGCAUUCCGCUGCAAGCAAAUUCAAUCAACACAGAAUCACCAACGACGAUGAAAAGCCAGGACAUGGAGCCCCUUCUCAAGCCCUUUGAAUAUGGUUUCAAGCGAGAGCUCGUGUAUCGGGCCACCACCAACCAGAAGGUCUCCGCCGACGUGUACUACUACGACGGUGCCGGGCUCAAAAUGCGUUCCAUACCUGAUGUCGUCACCUACCUGGGCAAGCACCCGGAGAUUGACCUGGCGGCGGCCAACUUCAGCUUCCGCAGGGUGACGAUCCACAAACCGCCACAUGAGGUGGUCCGCCAAGCCAAGGCGGGAGUGCGGACCGCUCCGGCUACUCCUCCCUCCUGUCCCAAGCAGGAGGGAAAGCGUAACUCGAGGAAGCGCUGCUUCUGCUGCGACGCGGAGAACGCUGCGCCCUGCCGGAAACGCCUGAAGUUGCGCAAGGGGAGUGGCUUGGCGGGCCCUCGCUUCAGGAACGUAGCCGGCAAGAAGACGCCCGACUGCCAGGGCUCAGCGCAACCUGCAGACGUUUCCUUGAACGGCAGCAAGGACGACCGCGGCUCGGACAGCGUAAUCACGACGGCAGUGCCGACGGCGACUCCCGCCAAGAAACCCUUUAUCAAGACAACCGCGAAGCCAUCGUUGUCAACAGUGUCCCCCGUCAAACAACCCAAACAGAAUUGCAUCAGAGUCGUUUCGUCUACAGUCAAGAUAAAACAGCCGCUGUCCACUUUCAAGAAAAAGGACGUCGGCGAACCAUGCUCGAGCUCCUUGCCGACGAGUGGUUCGGCCUUGCGGACGUACAGCAAGGUGCUGAAUGCCUGCGACCUGCUGGAAGGGCCCGUGCUGAAGGAGCUCGACGAGCCCGCGACCGUGUCGCCGAAGGGGGUGCCGACGACAAUUGUAAAAGUGACGCCGGCGCACAGGCAUGACAUGGAGCUGCCUCAUCACCAGCAGAAAUUGCCGAAGGAUAGGUGGAAGCUGGGCAACCAGAGCCUCCUGAGGACGGGGGCCUCCCUGGAGCUGUGCAACCUGCACUGCGCCCAGGCCAAGGGCCAGUUUCCGUCGCUUCAAUGCCCCAAAUGCCUGUGCCUCUUCCACCCGGUGUGCGUCAAGGGGGACGACGGAGAGGGCUUCGUCUGCAAGGCCUGCCAAAAGAAGGAAGGUGUGCCAAGCAGCAAGCUUGGCUCGGUUGCCACCAUUGUCAAAACGGCAGCCGUGAAACCAGAACUGAGCAUUCCAGCCUCGGCUGUCCAAGCACCUUCCACUGCCUCAACCCCGGGUGCAGUGUUCGGCACCGUGUUAACAACGCAGGGCUCUCCACGGGCCUUCCCUGCAAUCAUGUCUGGCUCAGUUCUCUCUGUUCCAUCGAUGGCUUCUAGUCCCUCUCCAUCUGUCUUUUCCGUGCCACCCUCCCCAUUGGUCAAUGCCCCCUACGCGCAGCUCAUCGGUCCAUUCCCGGCUUCCGCCCCCGUUCGCUUCACCAUAAUUACCCCUGGAUCGUCUGUCCCCAUCCACAUCCCCCUGCCUUCGUCUUCUCCCACAAUAUUCCUGUCAGCAUCCACAACCAUGCCGUCUGCUAUCGUGUCGUCUGCUACAACUCCGUCUGCCAUGGUGUCAUCUGCUGCAAUGCCGUCUGUCGUUGCUUCUUGUGCUACAGCGUCGUCUGCCAUGAAGUUUGUGACGACGCCAACUGCAAUGACACGUGCCACAGCGCCGUCUCCCAUGAAGUUUGUGACGACACCGUCGGCAUUGACGAGUGCUACGGUGCCGUGUCCCACGAAGUUUGUGACGACACCGUCAGCAUUGACGCGUGCUACUGCACCGUCUGCCGUGGAGUUGGUGACGAUGCCAUCUGCAAUGACGCCCUCCGCAGUGUCGCACUCUGCUGGUUUGUCUGGCACCGUGCCGUCCGCUCCAGUCUCUUCUGCUGGGUCAUCUGCUGUGGCAGUAACUGUUCAGACUGCUUCUUCGCCGUCUGCUGGCUCGAAUGGACCUGCACAUCUCCAUCCAGCGUCGAUGGGUCUGAUGUCGCUGCUGGUGAGGCCGUCUUGUCCCAACAUAACCAUUGUGCCGGGACGUUUCCCCGCUGCCAUGUGUGGGGGGCAGAUGCUACCUUUGGCUUCGUCCUCUGAUGCCGCAAGAACAGCGCUGCUGUCUCUCGUGCAGCAGCUGAACCAGAGACCCAGUGCGACCCUGCAGCCGACGAUGAUGCCAGCAUCUGGUGACGCCCCGCCAGGUUCCGACCUUGUCAUCGACAUGGACGAGAAGCCGGUCUGCCAGGGUGUGGUGAAACAUGAGGACAAGGCAGUGGAAUCGAGCAUAGUUUGCACGUACGCGACAGAUGGAUCGGGCAGCGUCGUUUCAACAUCGACGGUGUCCUGCCCUUUGCCGUUGGUCGACAUCGACUCGCUCAAGACCGACCGGCAGCAGACGUGCACUCACUCGAAUGGCACUUCCUUCCCCGACCGAAGCUCAAGUCGUACGAACGUCGACGAAAUCGCGCAAGACGAGAGAAAGAGCCCCAGCAUCUUGGAAAUCAUGUUGAAAAACUCCGAUGACGACGAGGAACGGCCCGGCGUGACGAAAUGUGAAAGCGAUCUCUCGUCCGUCGAGACUUCGACUCUCGCGUCUGAUGUCGAGAAACCCACUGUCUCCGUGAGUGCGACAACGUCCGACGGGUGCUUAAAUCGCGAUUCUCGUUCCAAGAACUCGGAUCAGAAGAGAGAACCCUCGCGUUGCCGCAAGCUGAGCUUGCGGGAGCGUGCGGCCUCGCGGCUACUGCAAGGCCUCUCCAGACUCUGUGAGCCUCCGAACGGUGCUGCUGCGCGAAUGCAUAUGAAAAAGCCGCGCCAUACGGCGACGUUACCCGAGGUUGCCGCCCCCUUGUCGGACUCGGAGUUCGACGGUGCCGACGGAACUGAAGACGCGUCGGCGCAAGAACGGUGCAAUUCGAGGCUCGGAGGAGUAGCCACGGCGUCAGAAGUCCCGGGGAAAGCCGGGGAGUUGCCCUUCUGGGUUGUCACGCCGACGAGCACCGUGUGCGUCGGGAGCGAGGUUUGUCCGGUUCCGGCGGAGUCUGUCCGGCAAGCUGGCAACCGUGGAGGAUCGGGGUCUGCAUCCCUGGCAGGCGUUUCAUUCGGUCCCUCCGUCCUGAAUCGCAUCUUCAGCUUCCUCCCGGUGGCGGCGCUCUGCAGGGUGGCUACCGUCUGCUGGGGCUGGAACCUUCUAUCAAAGCAUCCUAACCUUUGGGGUCAGGUGGAUCUCAGGGGCGUCAAUGUCACCGACUGGGACACAUGCACACUGGUGCUGCAGCAGAGACAAACACAUACCCUGGUGGUGAAGGGCAGCUCCUCGAGUCACCUGGUGCCGUGGGUGAAGAGGUUGGAUUGGGUGCAAAGCCUGUCACUGUACGGUGGCAGCCUGGCAGACCUGGCCACCCUUGUCAAGCUCUUCCCGCAAAUGACCUCCUUGAAUGCCGUUCAGCUGACCAGGCCACAACAGUGUCGGGGUGACGACGCCAGACGAGAGUCGGUGCUGCUGGGCGAGUUGCAAGCGCUAGUGGGCAUGCCUCGUCUGCGAAGUCUGCGACUGAGCAGCAUGGGAGGCCUCCUGCUCUGCCCGUGGGCCGUGCCCAAGGAGUCCGGGGAGCAACGGUUCUUGGCCCUGAGGACGCUGAGCAUGACCACGCUGAGGUGUUCUUCGCUGGAAGCAUUCGUGAGCCUCAAGUGCUUGCCUCAUCUCGAGGACCUGGAGCUGGGCGACUGUGCGUCCUGGACAAAUCAGUCUUACCUGGAGCUUGGACAGCUUCCUAAGCUCAAAUGCCUCAGCCUGAUCAGAGGCCAAGACCAGCCCUGCUUUCGCUACGUUCUACUCAAGCUGGUGCACCUGGAAGUGCUCCGCCUCAAGCGCUGGACCUUCCGAGGGAGCAUCGGCCAACUGCUCGCACAGUUGCCCCGGCUACGGCAGCUCCUGCUAUGGCCCCAAGCGCGAGAUCUCGCCACAAACAACGUCCACGCGCUACGUUCGUGCCUGGGACUCUCGACGCUGCAGCGGCUGUCGUGGGUCAUCGACUGCGGCGGCAGUGUCUCCUGCUCCCUGGCAAGCGGCCUCGAGAUUCCCGUGGCCUCGGGGCGACUCUGCGACUGCAAGGCCUCCCAGCUGCUGUCCUCGCAAGCAGACAACCCCUGCGGCUGCCGUCUGCUCGAGGAGAGUCUGGAGGGCGAGGAAGGCACCAGCAUGCGCUGGCUGACGGCGGGGCAGCUGUCCGGCAUCCUCGCGCGGAGCCUUGGCGCCGGCACGGCCGUCUGCGUGUCCCUGAGAGUUGGCUUUUGAAGACACCAAAGUGCAGAUUCUAGUUCUUUCGUUUCCGCGUAAAAUGAGUCGCCCCAAGAAAUUUACGGGUGUUGUUUUUACCGCAAAAAUGCGCUACGCAUUGCGAACAACAAGCGUUUGGCGAUGCGUGUGUGUAUAUUUCUGCGUCCUUGCAUGUGUUUCCGAGUUUCUCGGAGGGUAAGCCACGUAUAAACCCCGUAAAUUUUUUUUUUUGUUUUGUUUUUACCGUUUUGCAUUUUGCGAUUUUUUUCCGUACGACAGUCUUCCACGUGCGACGGUUUUCGUUUUGUACAAUAGGGGGGGGUCGUAACAACGGCCAAGACGACGCGCCGCGAGGGACAUGUCUCGUCUCGUGCCGUGACGUUGCGAAAACUGAGUUCUGCAUCAAUGUGUGGAUGUUGUGAAAGAGGUAGAAAACCAACCAUGAAAAAUGGUGCCUUAAAUGUGUUUCUGCAUAAUUUUCUUUCGUUUUUUUCUAAAAAGCUUGGUUUAACCGUUGCUCUUGGCGAAUUGGGAGCUUCCAGCUGUUUUCUUGCGAAAGAGCUGGAUGUUCUAGAGCCCCUUUUCAUGGGCUUGUGCACAUUGCUGAAGCAGUUUCCAGGGUGAUGCGUUCACCUGCGUGUGACCUUCACUGGCAAAGAAAUACUGUUACUAGUAGUUUUCUCCGUGCUGCAGGAAUCUCGGUUGGAUUGUUGUUACGAACUGCUCUAGUGGCUCUAUGUAUAGAUGCUACACAUGGGGUCUCCAUGUGGCAAUCGUGGAUCAUUCACUUUCGGUGGCCGCUUUGUGAAUUCAGAAGAAUGUCUCUGGCACCUUUUUCUCGAGACUGGCCUCCAAAAGGACCCUUGUGCUGCCUAACAGGACUGUCUGUGUUCCAGGUCACUCCACAAUUGACUGCUAAGGCAGUCUCCAAACCAAAGGCUAGCAGAGUCGGCUAGCAUCACAAUAUUUCCAAAGUCGCACUUGCCGCCGCUGUCACCGUUACGGCAGGGAUGGUCGCGAAGGACCGCCCUUGCGCGUUUUGUGGAAUGGUGUUUCACCGACAGUUGUUUUCUCGAAAAUGUGUUACAUUUCUGCUCAUCCCAGACAUUUUGCGGCCAUGCAUUAUUUUGACAAAUACCGGCAACAACUGCAUCAACAGAUGUUUAUUUGUUCCACGAUUGGGUGUCGGCUAUUGCACAAGAAAUGCAUAGCUUUGAGGCCAAACCCUGCCCAAUAAUUGAAUAUAGUAUACUGUACAUAGGUAACACUUGUUUUUCAAUAUAUUGAAAUUAAAACCACUCUUUACACAUCGC